AUGGACAGCUCUCCCGCCUCGCCUUUGGCCCCCAGGGAUCCCAGCUCCCCUGAAUCUUCGAUCGGCGAACAAAUCGCCACUCUACAGGCCCAGCUUGCCGCUCUGCAGGCCUCGCAACCCGCCGCCGCCGCAGCCGCCGCACCCCCGGCCGUCACCGUCGUGCCGGGGAACGCCGCCACCGCAUCCAAGGUCGUGUUUCCCAAGCACGCUCGUCUGGACGGCCCCAAGUCGUUCACCAACUGGUUGCGUCAACUCCGUCUUGCACUCCCGAACCAGGUUCGUGGUUACGUUCUCGACGGUGUCGUUCCCCCGACCUGGACCGCCGACCAGCUUGCCGCACGUGACGACGCCGCCCGGGAAAUCAUCGUUGGCUCUAUCGACUCCGCCGACGUAUCGGCCACCCUCGACGCCAUCCCCAGCGACGACCUGUCGGCACCGCGCAUCUUUGCCGCUCUCAAGGCUCGUUUUGCACCGGACGACGCUACACGCACUCUCGAGUUGUUCGCUCGCCUUUGGGACUUCAGGAAGAUGCCUGCCUCCGUCGAGGCCUACGACACUUGGCUACGCGAGUACAUGUCGAUUGCUCAGGAAAUACGCGACGCCAAAACAUCGCUCAACGACGUGCUCGCCACCCACGUGCUCGCCAUGGUCCCGUCUUGCCUCGACAGCUUCCGACUCACGUUCACGGACGAGCAGCGAAACCGACGCGACCUUCCCGAACUCACGACGCUUACGGACCGCAUUCGCAUCCAGCUUCGUUCGGCAGGACUCUCGACCUCGCAUUCGGCCAUGCUUGCCACCAGCUCCCCCUGCCCCGCCUGCCGCGCUCCCGGCUCGCUCUCCUUGCGGACGCCCGUCUGCCGGCCACCUUUUGGGAUGAAGCGGCUGCGUAUUUCGUUUAUUGCAAAAACAGGUGCUCACACUCAGCUUUGGCCAAACAGACUCCAGAAUCCGUUUGGAACGGCCAACGCACCACCGCCACCGCCCUCCACCCGUUCGGCUGCACAGCCUGGCUCACGGUCGCCCCGGACCUUCGCAGCAAGCUCGACCCCAAGGCCGCGCGCGUGAUCUUCACAGGUUACGACCUCGCCUCCAAAGCUUUCCGUUUCUUUGACCAUUCCAUCAACAAGAUUGUACUUGGUCGCAAUGCCACCUUCCUCGACGACGACUUCCCCGGCCUGCCAGUCACCACGCCCGUCGAUGCAGACGACACCGACCGUCAGUUCGUCGUUCCCGCCGACACGCCCGCCCCUGCCGUCAAGACGAGGACCCCACUAGUAAGGUCGGCGCACAUGGACGUCUCAUCCUCCCUUGAUGAUUCUGCCAUGAGCGCCGUUGACGUGGCCCCAGGGUACACUGGCGGAACCUUACUUAAUUCCACAGAUACCGAAUCGUCCUCGUCACCGUCUCCUGAGCCGUCCUCGUCACCGUCGCCCACAAACCCUUUGUCACCGUCGCCUGCGCUGUCACCGUCGUUGGCAGCGUCAUCGUCACCCUCGGUCUCACCGACCGACUCUGACUACUCCGCCGACCCUCUGGACCUCAUCGGCUCACAGACCCCGACUCGCCUUGGCCCACCGGACGUGCACCGCCCAGACUUCAGCACGUACCGUGAGCCCGCAUCGGCUGAGGAGUCGCCCGACGAACUCGACAUCAUUGGGCGUCACUCGCGCGAUGAAUCGCCGGAUGAAAUCGAUUUCCUCACCCAACACCACCGCGCCUUCAUCGCCACAGACGACGACGACCCCACCCUCGACGCCAUCGAGCCCGUCAAAUCGAUCACUAGCGACCCCCAGACCUGGCGCGAAGCAAUGUCCAGCGACGAGCACAACAUCUGGGCUGAGGCCGCCGCCGCCGAGUUCACCGCCAUGCGCGACGACUUCAAGGUGUUCACCAUCGAGCCUCGCUCAUCUGUACCGCCGGGCGCCACCAUCGUCACCUCCAAAUUCGUCUGGAAGACCAAGCGCAACGCAAGCGGUGAAGUCACGGGGCGGAAGGCACGUCUUGUAGCGCAGGGUAACCGACAGCGCGACGGCAUCGACUUCUCAGAAACCUUCGCACCCGUCGCCCGUUUCUCCUCCAUUCGCUGCCUCCUGGCUCUUGCCGCUGCCAAUGGCUACCACGUUCAUCAGGCCGACAUCGACAAGGCUUACCUCCACGGCGAGCUCGAUCAUGAUAUCUGGAUGACGACACCACGCGGUUUCGACUUCCCGAGCGAUAAGGUUCUCCGGCUGCGACGCUCAAUCUACGGUCUCAAGCAGGCCGGUCGCAUCUGGAAUCGUCACAUUGACACAUCACUCAGGAAUCUGGGGUACAAGGCAACAGGCACUGAUCACUGCAUUUACUCUCGCAUUGACGAUCAGCAGCGGCCUCACUAUAUCGCCUUGUAUGUCGACGACCUCCUCAUUGUCAGUCCAGCCCUCGACGAGAUCGAACGUGUCAUCUCCGGCCUUGAACAGCGGUACGGCGUCAAACGACUCGGCCCCGCGGAGUACAUCCUCGGAAUCCAAAUACGCCGCCUGGACGACGGUUCCAUUGCUCUAUCCCAGGAGCGCUACAUCAUGGACGUGCUGGCCCGUUUCCACUUCGACACCACGACACGCGGCACUACGGUGCCGAUGACGCCCGGCCUCUCGCUCACGGCAAUUCCGGGUCAGGGAACGGAGCGCAUUCGUUCGUGGUACCUACAGGCCAUCGGCUCCCUCCUCUACAUCUCCCUUGGCACUCGACCCGACAUUGCCUUCGCCGUCUCGUACCUGUCCCGGUUCGCCAACAACCCCGGCCGCCGCCAUUGGAUUGCCGUCAAACACGUCCUUCGCUACCUUCGCGCCACGUACCGCGAUGAGCUUCUCUAUGCCCGCGGCCCAGCAAAAGUCACGGGUGUGGUUGGUUAUUCUGAUGCGAACUGGGGCGCCUGCGUCGACACAUCCAUUUCAACGAUGGGCUACGUAUUUUACUUGGCAGGCGCCGCUGUCUCUUGGUCGUCGAAGCGUCAGACUCGGGUAGCGGAUUCCACCACUGAUGCCGAGUACCUGGCCUUGUCGCACGCGGGUAAGGAAGCGAUCUACCUUAACCAACUCCUCUCCGAGCUCCACGUUUGCCCAAUCGCUGCAGCUCACAUCUUCACCGACAACGAGGCCGCGGCCGCCGUCGCUCACGACCCCGUUCGCACCUCCGGCACCCGGCACAUUCGCCUCCGCGAGCAUUUUGUCCGUGACAUGGUCAAUCGAGGUGAUAUCUCUCUCUCACACGUUGGCACAGCAGACAUGGUUGCGGACGUAUUCACCAAAGCGCUAGGCCCCAAGAUUUUUGGUACACAUUGCUAUGCUCUAGGCCUCCGGACGCGACAUCCACGGCUCAAGUCUACCUCGCGUUCGCGUGGGGGGGGUGUGAGGAAUCCACUCUCCGCUCGGCUCAGGACUUAGGCGCGCGGAGCGAACCGGGCGCGGACUUAGGCGCGCGGAGUGAGCCGGGCGCCCCGGCCCAGGACUUAGGCGCGCGAAGCGAGCCUGGGACUUAGGCGCGCGGAGCGAGCCUGGGCCAUUGGCUCAGCCCCAGGCUCGCUGGCUGUGGACUUGGGGCGCGCGGGUCUCUUAUUGUUAGCUUCCUAUUCAUCACUCUUGGCUAUAACUACAUCGCUGACGUAGUAGAGUUGAUCGAAUAGGUAUGUUGAAAUGCAUUCAUCACUCUUGGCUAUAACUACAUCGCUGACGUAGUAGAGUUGAUCGAAUACCUUCGCCAUGACUAUGAGAAGGAGGCGGCUUGCGGUAGGUGCCACUUUGUGGGUCACGUGGGAACCUGCGGACUGGAUCAGGAGAGGAAGCGGAAGGAGGCUCACAACGGCAUCAUCAACAGCAACAAAAACACCAUCACCCACAACACCAACAUCGCGGAGGCCGAGGCCCCCAUUCCUGUGCUGGUUGUUAACAGGAUCGCAUCACAGAAUCACUUCGCCGGGCUCGAGGUCGAGGAGGGACAGGAGGAAGAGGUAACUGGCCAGGGCGAACAGGGACCGGAGGAAUCGGGGGAGGAAGACGCUGGUGAUAAGGCGGAUGACGAGGACUCGGAGGACUCGGAGAUGGAAUCGGAGGCGGCCGCGAAAACGGAGGUCAUCAAAAUUGAAAGCGAGGACGAGUCGGUCUUGGAGGACUGCAGCGGAUCCGAUGGAGAGGUGAUUGAUGAGAAUGAGGUGAUGGCGGAUGAAAGAGGUGAAACGGAAGGAGAGGUGGCUACGGAGAUGGAGGAAGAGGAGGUGGCGACGGAGGUGGGCGAUGUGGACGAAGCGAGGGGAUCGACGAAAGCGGAGAAUGCGGAAGCGACGGACUUAGGGGAAACGAACAGGCUGGACAAUGACGACGACAGCGACGCCACAGCAACCGCCGCCACCGCUUCCCGCGAAUCGACGCCGCAUGAACCAACCCCACCUCUGUCACCCGAAACUCUCGCCAAGUCGCUACGCGAGGGGGAGGAGUGGGACAGGAUCAGAGCUAACUGGGUUGAGCAGGCACGACUUGAGCGGGACCAAAGCAUCGAGAGGAGGCUCAACGCUGAAACCCCUCUGGUGCGUCACAACUUUGCCACGUGGGACGAGGACGGUGAGAUACGCUCCAUCAACAUCAGGGGGACCGCUGCGAAGUUCAAGAAGCAGGUGAUGAAGAGGUCGCAGACUGCGGCGGACCUCAGUGACCCAAGUGACGAACCGACCGACGCCAAGCGAGUCAUCAUCAAAGGGAAGAGCCGCGUCGUGGUGAAGGAUGGAAUAGAGGGGCGGAGGGUGACGAGGUCGAUGUCGGCGGCAGCGGCGAUGCAGGUCGAGGUGACGAAGGUGGACAGAGGGAAAGGAAGAGGGGUAGCUGAGGAAAAACGAUGGUCCGACCACGAGCCCGAGGACGAUGUCCUGCCCGCCCUUCCCCUCUUUGAGGACGUCACCACCGCCAAGAGCGCCUCGACCUCGACUACCCAUUAAUGAUCAAGCACACCAUCAUCACCUGGAACGUAAGAAGGGGCAUGGGGGUCCCGGAAAAACGACGUAAUAUCUACACCUACCUUUCCACAUUCAAAGCUUCCGCGAUUCUCUUACAAGAGCAUUUCAUCAGACCACAAUUCUGGCAGCUCAUCAAGGACGAGUACGAGGGCAAGCUCUUCAUCAACCAGCACUGCCUGACCCUGAUCCCGGCUGACUCGCCCCUGAUCGACGCCGAGCUCUUGCGCACCCACUCGGCACUCGACGGCCGGCUCCUCGUCACCUCCUUUCGUCUGCGGGGCGACAUCAAAAUUCUAGAAAUCAAUAACCUCUACGCGCCCGUUGACCCAAAACAACGAGCAAAAUUCUUCGACAAACUGAUCCUCCACAAAACACAGAAAUCCCACCUCCGACUCCUUGGCGGCGAUCUCAACAACUGCCCGCGCCCAGAAGUCGAUCGGCGGAACCAAAGUCGGCGCGGCCACCACUGGCCGAUUCUGAUGGGCAAGCUCGACUCGGCCUACACGGACUGCAUCCGCUACAAGCACCCCAUCACCCCAUCUUUCACUCGACCUAAUCCCAAUCGCAAGUGACCCAACUCCUUCUCCCGGCUUGACUACUUUCUCCUACAAAGAGCUCACCAAAAAAGGCUCGACCAGGCCUCGACGAUCUACGACUAUCCCAAGGAUCUUUCCGAUCACCAACCGGUCUUGAUCGUACUGGCUCUCUCAGACGAUCUUGAUGCGGCUCUCCCACAGCUCAGCCUACCUACCACAUCCAACCAACUACAUCGAAUCAAUACCACAACCUUCAAGACGGUGGAAUUUCAGCGGAUGAUGGAAGGAUGGUUGGAAGGGGCAAGCGGGGAGGAUCCGGUGCGAGAGCUUGAGGAGGUUCUGGAGGCGUGCAGGGACAGGGGUGGGGAGAUGGCGAGGAGGCUGCAUCGGGAGCGGACGGAACGGAUGGAGUAUUUGGUGGGGAGGGUGCAGGAUCUGGAGGCGUUACCGGUAUGGGGGGAGGCGGAAACGGCAGAAUGGACAAGGACGUCCGAGGAACUCAAGCGGGCGGUCGAGGAGCGCGCGCGCCUACUCCGGAUCCGAGCCCACGUCCCCGAGAUCGCUUCCGAGGAACGACUGUCGCGGCCGGUCCACGCCAAGCUCGCGGCGCGGAACUCGGACUCCAAGAUCACAGCACUGCGCUUGGGCAACGGAGAGCUAACGCAUGACAUUGAUGUCGCUCUUGACCACACGCAGGCGCAUUUCCAGCGCCUCUACCACAUCGAGCCUCGUGAUCCGGAACGCGUCGACCGACUUCGGGACGAACUCCUCGUGCCGAUCAGGGCGGCACGGACUUGCGACGACCCGCGCUCAGAUCCGCUCUUUCUGCGCCGACUCUCGGAAGCGCAGAUUGAUCUCCUCCAGCAACCCAUCACCGAGGACGAGGUCGUGGCCGCGAUCGGGACGACGCACCCGGGGCGAUCGCCGGGCCCGUCGGGCGUGCCUUACGAACUCUAUCAGACCGCACCGGAGGCGUGGUCCAAGGUGCUGACCAAGGCCUACAACGCGAUGAUCGAGCGCGGUUCACUCUCUCCCAAGCAGGGCCAGGGACUCGUGCGCCUCAUCUUCAAGCGCCACAAGAAGAAUGCCGAUCGCGCCGAACUCUCGUCGUAUCGCCCCAUCACCCUGCGCGAGUGCGAUUACAAGAUUUUUACCAAGGUCUACGUCGCCCGAUUGAACCAAAUUCUGCCCGAUCUCCUCCCGCCGCAGCAGCACGGCUUCGUCAAGGACCGCCGAUCGGCCGACGCUGCACUACACCUUCGUCUCCUGAUCGAGGAACUUGGCGCGCGCAGGACCGAGUUCCCCGCGGCCGCGCUCUUGUCUCUUGACCAAUCAUCCGCCUACGACCUCGUCGAGCAUGACUGGAUCUUUGCCAUUUUCGACGCUCUGGGCGUUCCUACCACCUUUCUUCGCGUGCUGAGGAUGCUCUACUCGGGUGACUCGACCUCGGCGCGCUACAUCAUCAAUGGGUUCCUGACGGCGCCGGUGCGACUGACGUGUGGGCUCGGCCAAGGGGACCCGGCGUCAUCGUCGGUCUGGGACAUCGUGUUUCAGCCGUUCCUGGAUGCUCUACACCGUCGAAACAUCGCGCUGAAUCUCUCCAUACCUGCACUUCAUCCGUACCCACAGAGCCGCGCCAUUACAUCACUUGCAUUUGCCGAUGACGUUGUCGUCGCCGUCGCGGGCUUGGAGUCACUCAACUUGCUCGAUGACCUGGCGCUCGACUGGAGGCAUGCAACGAAUGGCCGGCUCAACACGGACAAGAUGACAAGCGACGUCGGAGGGGAUGACGUCGUCUACACGCGUUGGUACGGGGGGGGGGAUUUCAGGAAGUGUCGGCUGUUGCGGCGGCAGUCGACAAGGGAGCAACCGAGGAGGGGAGUCGGUCGAAAGGCUCGCAGGAAAUCAAGUGUAACGGACUUAAUUCCCAAACGAUCGACAAGAAGAGGAGGGGCAACAAAAGAGAAGAGCGGACCAAGCUCCCAGGGAAAGGUGGUAAACUAA